CGUAUGUUGCCCUCUUCCGUCUUGCAGCGUUUUGUGUUCAGGCUACAGGAGGCCAGACGUGAACUCGACGGACGAACAGAGUACCAGAGAUCAGGGACAUCACGGUGAAAACCAUGCUCAAACUCGCUGUAGUCGCUCUUGUGCUUCUCAGCGCCAGCUGUUUUGCCAAACAAUCUGACCCCAAAGUGCAGGUGUACAGCCGCAACCCUGGAGAUUAUGGGAAGAAAAACGUGCUGAUCUGCUACGUCAGUGGCUUUCACCCCCCUGACAUCACCAUUGAGCUCCUGAAGAACGGGCAGGAGAUCCCGCACAGCCACCAGACCGACCUGGCCUUCGAGCAGGGCUGGCAGUUCCACCUGACCAAGCAUGCUGAUUUCACCCCCCAGGCUGGAGAGGAGUACAGCUGCAGAGUCCGACACAUGAGCAACACAAAGACCUACACAUGGGAACCUGACAUGUGAACGUCCAACAAUUCCUGGAAAUAGCAGUUCAUUCUCUUCAGCUUCUCUCCGAAACGCCAAUCCUGCUUUGAUUUCAUUUUAUAAAUCAGGGGUGUCCAGGCCUGCAGAGCUGCUCCCACACACCUGCCUGGAAGUCUAUAGUAACUCUGAAGACCUUUAUUAGCGGGUUCAGGUGUGUUUAAUUGGAGCUAAACUCUGCAGGAUAGUUACAGCAGUAGAUCCACCCCUGCUAUCAUAUCUCAGCUUCUCUGUUUAGGACAGGGGUGUCUGAUCCUGCUCUAGGAGCUCCAGCACUAAUCAAACACUCCUGAACCAGGAUCGGACACCCCUGCUUUAGGAUAUGCUGCCUGUAUUGCAGACUGCAAUAUGUUUACUUUUACACAAUGAAGACAAAUGUCUAACUUUAUGUAUACUUGCAUUGUUUUGGGUGUGUAUCUUGACAUAAUUAGUAGGGCGACUGAUGAAGAACAGUCACUAUGCCUGCAGUGUACACUAGUCAACAUUUGAAUUGGAUCAAAACCUUUCAUCAAAGUUGUCCUAAAACCAAAAAACAAAAUGCGUUCUUGUCUUAGGAUGAACUUUUUUUGAUCCACUUCAAAUGUUGACUACUGUAUAUCAGCAAUUUUCUAAAACCUUGGGUCUUUAUAACAUUAGCACUUAAACAUCUUAAUGUCUUUUGUUUUGAAAUGUAUUUAGAAUUAAUU